AUGGUGUCUUCACUAUUUUCUUUACCCGCCGCAUGGGUGGUUCUCUUUCUAGCCUUGUUACAAGUAGUUCUCGGCUCUCCACUUCUACCAAAGCGAGCUAAGGGUCCUUGGAUGGGCUUGCACACCGAUUUCGCAGACCCAAGCUUCAUGAAGGCUGCCGAUGGAAAAUGGUACGCCUUUGGGACAAAUGGCAAUGGCAAGCGUGUUCAAGUCGCGGUCUCAGAUGACUUCAACAAGUGGACUCUUCUCGAUAUUGAAGCCCUGCCAACUCUGGCGGGCUGGGAGACAGACAAAGACCACUGGGCACCGGAUGUAGUAAUGCGGGAGGACGGCAAAUACGUGAUGUAUUAUUCUGGAGAGUCGAAGAGCGAUGCUCCUCAUCACUGUAUCGGAACUGCCAUUGCAGACAAGCCCACGGGACCAUAUGUUCCCAACGAGACCCCACUGUCAUGCAGACUGAAUCAAGGAGGCUCCAUCGAUUCGGCUGGGUUCUGGGAUAAGGAUGGCAGCAGAUAUGUUGUAUUCAAGGUUGACGGCAAUAGCGUUGGCCAUGGGGGUGACUGCAAUAACGGCGUUGCUCCUUUAGUCUCCACCCCCAUCAUGCUACAAAAGGUUAAAGCAGAUGGUGUCACGCCCAUCGGGGAUGCGGUACAGAUUCUCGACCGAAACACGAACGACGGCGAUGGACCCCUCGUGGAAGCGCCCAGCUUAGUGCUGCAUGAUGGAGUUUACUUCUUGUUCUAUUCGACCCAUUGUUUUACGGACCCCAAGUAUGAUGUACGUUACGCUACUGCGACAAGCAUUACGGGUCCUUACCACAAGUCGAAUGUCGAGUUACUUAAGAGCGGCGACUAUGGGGGUCUGAUUUCUCCUGGUGGCGCGACAGUCUGUGGAUGUGGAGAUCGCAUGCUGUUCCACGGCUGGUGUGAUAGCUCGUUGAAGCAACGGUGCAUGUAUGUGGCAGAUAUUCAUCUGAGCGGUACGACAGCUUCUAUCGCUUAA